UGCCAAGAUGGAGAACACACAUGUGUUUUCUCAACAAGGAGCAGAAGCUAAAGUCUUCUCUUCUACACUGGUUUCAAAGCCAGUAAUAGUGAAGGAAAGGUUUAAGAAAGCAUAUAGACACCCGAUAUUGGAUGAAAAGCUUACACGUCGUCGUACUUCUCAAGAGGUCCGUUCAAUAGCUCGAUGCAGAAAAGCUGGCAUUUUAACACCCAUCGUUUAUUUCGUUGAUUAUAUUUCGCACAAAAUUUACAUGGAAAAUAUUGAAAAUGGCAUUUUGGUUAAGGAUGUUAUCAAUGACAUGUUAGCUAACAGCCAAGAAUCACAGUUAAGCGUGUUGGCAGAGAAACUAGGAACGUUAUUAGGGCAAAUGCAUUCAAUUGAUGUCAUUCAUGGUGAUUUAACAACAUCGAACCUUCUUUUGAAGGAUGGAACUGAUCUUGUUUUGAUUGAUUUUGGUCUUAGUUAUAUUUCAUCAUUAGUGGAAGAUAAAGGUGUUGAUCUUUAUGUUCUCGAAAGAGCUUUACUUAGUAGCCAUCCAAAUACGGAGUAUUUCUUUCAGAAUGUUUUAAAAAGCUACUCAAAGGCUGCUGACAGCAAUGAAAAAGCACAAGAAAUCAUAACAAAACUGGAUGAAGUUCGGUUGCGAGGAAGAAAGAGAGUAAUGGUUGGAUGAUUUAAGUGAUAUAAAAAAUUGUAAACUUGCUGUUGAGUUUUCAAAAGAAACGGUCAUUUAAAGUCGGCAAAAAACCCCACCACUUAUAGUUAUGGAUUCUCCUGUGAUAUAUGAUGCAUCACUUGAUGAAAGAAAUGAAACCAAACCAGCACAUUCCUCUGGAGUGCCAAAUCUAGAAGUGCGGAUACAUAUUUGUGAUAAAUGCAAUAAUAUAAAUUGUAAACUUUUAUAAAACUCACCUUUUUAAAGGAAUGUGUUUCUUCAUUUCUUUUGAAAGAUCGUCAUUAUCCCAAAACUGCGAAAUUAUAAAAUAUCUGAGUGUAAUAGAUAAAUGAAAGAUUAUUUACUCCGGUUGAAUUUAUUCUCUUA